GCGCGCGCAUAGAACUCCGCUCCGUAGCUGACGCUAAGCAAAGCUGAGAACCGGAGCCUAUAGCAAUGUGAAGAUAAGAAACUGAGGCAUAGAAAGGUUAAGUGACUUGUAAAAGGUCCCACAGCUUGCUAAGAAAAAUCACAAUCUACAUGUCUGUGAAUCAGCAAGAUCUAGAUCCCGAUAGUACUACAGAUGUGGAAGUUGUUACAGAUACUGAAGAAGAACUUAUUAAAGAAUGUGAAGAAAUAUGGAAAGACAUGGAAGAAUGUCAGAAUAAAUUAUCACUUACUGGAACUGAGACACUCACUAAUUCAAAUGCUCAGCUAUCAGUAUUGAUUAUGCAAGUGAAAUGUUUAACUGCUGAACUCAGUCAGUGGCACAAAGAAACACCUGAAAUAACUCCCCUGACAGAGGAUGUUCUGAUAACAUUAGGAACAGAAGAGUUCCAAAAAUUAAGACAUGAUCUUGAAAUGGUACUAUCUACUAUUCAGUCAAAGAAUGAAAAGUUAAAGGAAGACUUAGAAAGGGAGCAACAAUGGUUGGAUGAACAGCAACAAAUAAUGGAAUCUCUUAAUGCACUUUACAGUGAAUUGAAAAAUCAGUUUGUGACAUUUUCUGAAACAAGAAUCUUUAGUGAGCUGAAAACUAAAAUGCUUAAUAUAAAAGCAUUCAAGGAGAAACUCUUGAGUACCUUGGGUGAGUUUCUAGAAGACCAUUUUCCUCUGCCUGAUGGGAAUGUUAAAAAGAAAAAGAAAAACAUUCAAGAAUCAACCAAACAGCUGAUAACACUGCAUGAAAUAUUAGAGAUUCUUAUAAAUAGAUUAUUUGAUGUUCCACAUGAUCCAUAUGUCAAAAUCAGUGAUUCCUUUUGGCCACCUUAUAUUGAGCUGCUGCUGCGUAAUGGAAUUGCUUUGAGACAUCCAGAAGAUCCAACCAGAUUGAGAUUAGAAGCCUUCCAUCAAUAAGAGGAUGUUCUUUUUCCAUWACAGGAAAGAAUCUUGUCAUCUAAGGAUAAUGGAAACCGGACUGUUUGAAUAAAAGAAUAUUAUUUGCAAAUAAAAGUAAUAAUCCAUCUUUCUUUUAUCCUUAAGUGACAUGUAUUGCCAUUUCUUCAUUUUAAAAAUGGCCGUUUCUUAUUUAUUCA